AGUACCCUCACCAAACCUCUGGAUUCUGCAUGCCUGUCCAAAGAAACACACUCAGACAGUACUAGCCCCGAAAUGCCUGCCAAAGACACUCCACAACACGAUGGAGAAAUUUUACCAGAAGUAGCCGAUAGAGAGGAAACUCAGGUGAAAGAAACGGAUUGUGGAGAGAAAACUUGUAUACACACAGUUUCAGACGGAGCUAAGGAUGAAAAUAAACCUGUGGUAGAAGACAACACGGGUCAACCAAAGAGAAAUAGGAUUACUUACUCUCAGAUAGUUAAAGAAGGCAGGAGGUUUAAUAUCGACUUGGUCUCAAAGCUGCUGUAUUCUCAAGGCUCACUGAUCGAUCUCUUGAUCAAAUCCAAUGUUAGUCGCUACGCUGAAUUUAAAAAUGUCACCAGGAUUCUCGCAUUUCGAGAGGGGAAAGUAGAACAGGUGCCUUGUUCCCGAGCAGAUGUCUUUAACAGCAAAGAGCUCACGAUGGUAGAAAAGAGGAUGCUGAUGAAGUUUCUGACAUUUUGCUUAGACUAUGAACAGCAUCCUGGGGAAUACCAGGAGUUCACACAGCGCCCCUUUUCCGAGUACUUAAAGACUCAGAAGCUAACCCCCAACCUCCAGCACUUUAUACUACACUCGAUCGCAAUGACAGAGCCAUCCUGCUUGACAGUCGACGGCCUUAAAGCAACAAAGCACUUCCUUCAGUGUCUUGGCCGGUACGGCAACACUCCCUUCUUAUUCCCCUUGUACGGCCAAGGGGAAAUUCCCCAGUGUUUCUGCAGGAUGUGUGCUGUUUUUGGUGGAAUCUAUUGUCUUCGCCACAGAGUGCAGUGCCUCGUGGUUGACAAGGAAUCUGGAAGGUGUGAAGCAGUGAUAGAUCAUUUUGGCCAGAGGAUCCGUGCGAAGUAUUUCAUAGUGGAGGACAGCUACCUUUCCGAGGACACCUGCGCAGGCGUGCAGUAUGAGCAGAUCUCCAGGGCGGUGCUCAUCACAGACCAGUCCGUGCUCAAGGCAGAUUCCGACCAGCAGAUCUCCAUGUUGACGGUCCCUCCAGCAGAACCAGGCGCGCGUGCCGUUCGGGUCGCUGAGUUAUGUUCUUCAACCAUGACGUGCAUGAAAGACACCUACCUGGUGCAUCUGACCUGCUCCUCCGCUAGCACAGCAAGAGAAGACUUAGAACCAGUGGUGCAGAAGUUAUUCACCCCCUACGCGGAGACAGAAAUAGACGAGGGAGACCCUCCGAAGCCACGGCUCUUGUGGGCUCUUUAUUUUAACAUGAGGGAUUCCUCAGGGGUCAGCAGAAGCUCUUACCAUGGCUUACCUUCCAACGUGUAUGUCUGCUCUGGGCCUGACUGUGGACUAGGAAACGAGCACGCAGUCAAGCUCGCCGAAACCCUGUUCCAGCAGAUCUUCCCAGGAGAAGACUUCUGCCCCCCACCGCCCAAUCCAGAAGACAUUAUCUUCGAUGGGGAUGACAAGCAACCAGAGGCUCCUGGGACCAAUACUCUCAUCGUAGCCAAACUAGAAUCCUCCGAAGGAAGCCAAAACCUAGACAGCCCAGGACAGCAUCUUCAAAAUUAGGAAAAAAGAAAAGGAGGCUGGAAAUGCUACUUUGGGCCUUCAUCCUAGCGUCCGAAUAUUCUCAUUUAAAGGACAGCUUCCUGAGUAAUUAGAAGUGGUUAUGUGAUGAGUGCCAUUAGUCACUGGGUGUCUGUUAACCUGUCAGUAACUGAUUCAUUAGUUAUUGGACUAUUUCUUGUUUGUUUCAGAAUGUACUCUGUGAUCCAGAAUCUUAAACAGGGUUAGCUUUAUUUUAGUAUUGGGCGUAUAGGUGAGGGUUCCAUAUUAGCAACUGUGCUUAAAGGAGGGUUAUAUUGUAUCUGCUAAUGACUUUCAGAUUUUAUUCUUGUCUACAAUGACAGUGUCUAAAGGGUAUUUUACUUUGCAGCUAAGAUAGUUGCUACCACCUCUGAGUAAAACACACACACAGUAAAUUAUGUGGGUGUUUUGUAUAUAAUAUAAACAUAUUUAUGGUAGCAUUAGCAACUAAUGCAAGUGCCAAUAUAAAAUUCAUUUGUCUAAUUAAAAGACUAGCUUUGCAUGA